AUGCCCUACGUCUAUCCUGCUCUGCUAUCCAAAGUGGCCGAAGCGUUCAAACAAUUGAUCAUCUUAUCAGAGCAUCAUAAAGAUGGUAUCACCUAUAAAGAUGCUUUUGACGGACGAUCAGCAGUCACAAUCUUAUCAGAUGUCAUCAAAACUCCUGAUCGAAAUCUUGCUCUUCUCCUUGGUCGGGCCUUGGACUCACAGAAAUUCUUUCAUGAUGUGACAUAUGAUCAUCGUCUACGAGAUAAUCCAAUAGAAGUAUAUCAAUUCAAAGAGAGAUUAGCUGUACCUUUCAUACCUGGUUCAAACGGAGUGACGGAUUCACCUUCUUCUGAACAUGUAGGAUAUAGAACCACAUCGACAGAAAAUGGGAUCAGAAGACCUUCUUUACCUUAUACAUCAGAAUCUACUUUACAUGGUUCUGAAAGUCAAACUAGUUUUUUCACUCCGAAUUCAAAUACACCCGCAUCACCCGGACAAAAGAUGAUCAACACCAAUGUUGAAGGUGAGGAGGAAGAGGAGGAAGAAGAUUUACCAAUGGGAGUUUUUACUUUGUUGACGGAUUGUUAUUCUCCAACAUGUAGUAAAGAAAGUUUAUGUUAUUCAAUCAAUUGUCCAAGGAGGUUGGAACAGAUGAAAAGGUUGAAUAUGAAACCAACGGGUUUAAGUAGGAAGUUGAGUAAUGAGAGUUUGAAGGAUGUCAUUGCCACGGGCAGCUUAUGGAUACAUUCCGUCUCACAAGAAAUCCUCGAUAGUGUGGAUGAUACGGAGAAGAAACGUCAAGAAGCUAUCAAUGAGGUCAUGUACACCGAACGGGAUUUUGUCAGGGAUUUGGAGUAUCUCAGAGAUUCUUGGGUCAAACCUCUCCGCUCAGAAGAUAUCAUCUCCACCGACCCGGUCGUAAGAAACAAGUUCGUCCAACAAGUAUUCUGGAAUGUCCACGAAGUCCUCAAUGUCAAUCAAGUUUUAGCUGAACGUUUGACUAAAAGACAAAAACAACAGCCGGUCGUUUCUGCUAUCGGGGAUAUAUUCCUGGAAGUGGUACCGAAGUUCGAACCGUUUGUAGCUUACGGAGCUCAUCAAUUGUUUGGAAAAUACGAGUUUGAGAAGGAGAAAGGUGCAAAUGCGGCUUUUCAAAAAUUCGUCGAUGAAACCGAACGUAAACCGGAGUCACGUAAAUUGGAACUUAACGGUUACCUCACAAAACCUACGACCCGUCUUGGUCGAUAUCCUCUGUUAUUAGAAGCUGUGUUGAAAUAUACACCGGAUGAUCAUCAGGAUAAGAAAGAUUUGGCGGAAGUUAUCAAGUUGAUUAGGGGAUUUUUGAAUAAGGUUAAUAUUGAGAGUGGAAAGAGUGAGAAUAUUUUCGAGUUGGCACAAUUAGAACAGCAGUUGGUGUUCCGACCGAACGAACAUAUCGAUCUCAGACUACGGGAUACGAAACGUCAAAUGGUCCAUAAAGGUCCAUUGAAGAGGAGGGGAGGUAGCAGAGAAGAAAUUGCCGAUUUGCUAGCGUUCUUAUUCGACCACGCAUUUUUGUUGGUCAAACCAAAAUGGAUCAACAAGGCGGAACAAUACAAAGUAUAUAGGAGACCAAUCCCACUCGAACUCUUAGUCGUCAUCACCCCUGAUGAACACUACAACACGGGUAAACUCUCUGCAAGUAGAGCCAGACUCAUGCCCCGUCCCUCCGCUUCGAAUAAGAAUACCACUGCAACUCACGUGCCUCCGAAACCGGAAUCGAAACAUGGUUUUAGUAUCACCAUAGUUCAUCUGGGUAAGAAGGGGUAUACCAUGCAGUUAUGGGCAGAUACGUAUGUGAGUAGGAAAAAAUGGUUGGAACAUAUCGACAAGCAGCAAAGUGUUUUGAGAGAUAGGAGUUGUGUUUUCGUACCGGAAACUAUCACGGAGGGUUAUUUUGGAGGGUUGAGAAAAGUCAAUUGUGUUUCUCCUUACGAUCAAGGUAAUCGUAUUAUUUACGGUACCGACGAAGGAGUUUAUUUCUCUAAUUCUCGUGAAGAAAAACUCCGCGAACCCGUAAAAGUCAUAAACCUUCUCGAUGUGACUCAAGUCGACGUUAUCGAAGAAUUCCAACUCCUCAUAGUCCUACACGAACGUAGCGUAACCACCUUUCCAUUAGAAUGUCUAGAUCCUUCCGAUCCUAACGCGGCUCUGAAACGUGGUAAAAGAAUAUCAUCACAUACUUCAUUCUUCAAAUCUGGUAUUUGUCUUGGGAAAAUGUUAGUCGCAGUCGUUAAAUCUUCAACAUUAUCAUCAACCAUCAAAGUACUCGAACCUGUUGAUCAAACCAUGAGAAAUAAGAAACAACAAGGUAGUUUUAUGCGUCGUUUAAAUGGUCAAAAUGAAAGUUUAAAAUUAUUCAAAGAAUUUUAUAUACCGACGGAAAGUAGUAGUAUACAUUUUUUAAAAACAAAAUUAUGUGUUGGAUGUACGAAAGGAUUUGAAAUUGUCGAUUUGGAAACUUUGGAUAUGCAGGGUUUGUUGGAUCCUAGUGAUCAAAGUUUGGAUUUUGUUUUGAAAAGGGAUAAUGUUAGACCUAUUGCGAUUUAUAGGAUUAUGGAUGACUUUUUGUUAUGUUAUGAUGAAUUCGCAUUUUACAUCGACAAAACUGGUCAUAGGAGUAAACCCAAAUGGGCGAUUAUAUGGGAAGGUGUUCCAACAGCAUUCGCACUUCAAUAUCCUUAUGUGAUAGCAUUCGAACCUACAUUCAUUGAAGUUCGUCAUGUCGAAACUGGUGCCCUCGUUCAAAUAAUACCAGGAAAUAACAUAUCGUGUUUAUUUGCCGAUACUCCACCAUCACGUAUUAACGCACCUAUUUCUCAAAUACCCAAUCGACAAUUAAUGUAUCAACCACCACCACCUCCACCUCAUUCCACUCUUUCCCCACAUGCCUCACACCCACCUCAUCCAACACAUCCUUCUCAUCCUACACCUGGAUUCCGUCCUCAGCAAUUUCAGAACCCAAAUCAAUUUGCUAAACCUAUGCCACCCGUACCUGGACGUAUCCCAAAUAUGGGUUAUGUUUCACCUCCUGCUCCCGUACCGAGAUAUGCCAGACCUCAAGUUAUAUUCACGAGCGAUGAAGGUCAUGUUCAAUUUUUAAAGUUACCUUUACUUGGGAAGGCUGGACCGGCACAUGGGUAUAGAGGAUCACAAUGA